UCCCACUGGUUCCAGUCCCAGGGCAAACCCAGCUGAGCCCUGAGCCAUGGCCUCUUUUCUAGGACACUGCUCUCUGGCCACCUCCUCUCCCAGGUCAGAGGUGAAGGAUGGAGUAGCCAGGACCACAGCUGAUCUUUUUCAGGAAUGAGGUUUCUCUCAGGUUCUGCAGGGUAAGGCUGCAGGAGAAAAGUUUGGCCAUGGAUCCACUCUCAGAGCUGCAAGAUGACCUGACCUUAGAUGACACCAGCCAAGCUCUGAACCAGCUGAAGCUGGCCUCCAUUGAUGAGAAGAACUGGCCUUCAGAUGAAAUGCCCGACUUCCCCAAGUCAGAUGACUCCAAAAGCAGCUCCCCGGAACCUGUCACACACCUGAAGUGGGAUGACCCUUACUACGACAUUGCGCGGCACCAGAUUGUGGAGGUGGCAGGGUGUGAUGAACCUGAGGGGGCCGAGCCAGGAGAUGACAAGUACGGGCGGAAGAUCAUUGUGUUUAGUGCCUGUCGAAUGCCCCCCAGCCACCAGCUGGACCACAGUAAGCUCCUGGGGUACCUGAAGCACACCCUGGACCAGUAUGUGGAGAGCGACUACACACUGCUCUACCUACACCACGGCCUGACCAGCGACAACAAGCCCUCGCUCAGCUGGCUCCGGGAUGCCUACCGCGAGUUUGACCGCAAGUACAAGAAGAACAUCAAAGCCCUGUACAUUGUGCACCCUACCAUGUUCAUCAAAACCCUGCUCAUCCUCUUUAAGCCCCUCAUCAGCUUCAAGUUUGGGCGGAAGAUCUUCUAUGUGAAUUACCUGAGUGAGCUGAGUGAGCACGUGAAGCUGGAGCAACUGGGGAUCCCUCGCCAAGUGCUCAAAUACGAUGACUUCCUUAAAUCCACACAGAAAAGCCCUGCAACAGCCCCCAAGCCAAUGCCGCCACGGCCACCACUGCCCAACCAGCAGUUUGGGGUCUCCUUGCAGCACCUCCAGGAGAAGAACCCAGAGCAGGAGCCCAUUCCGAUUGUGCUCAAGGAGACCAUUGCCUACUUACAGGCCCACGCUCUCACCACUGAGGGGAUUUUCCGGAGGUCGGCCAACACACAGCUUGUGCGGGAAGUGCAACAGAAGUACAACAUGGGGCUGCCUGUGGACUUUGACCAGUACAAUGAGUUACACCUGCCAGCAGUCAUCCUUAAGACCUUCCUUCGGGAGCUUCCGGAGCCUCUGCUAACCUUUGACCUCUACCCCCACGUUGUGGGCUUCCUCAACAUUGAUGAGAGCCAGAGGGUGGAGGUGACACUGCAGGUCCUCCAGACACUGCCUGAGGAGAACUACCAAGUGCUUCAUUUCCUGACUACCUUCCUGGUGCAGAUUUCUUCCCACUCUGACCAGAACAAGAUGACCAACACUAACCUGGCUGUUGUCUUCGGCCCUAACCUGCUGUGGGCCAAAGAUGCUGCCAUCACCCUCAAGGCCAUUAAUCCCAUCAACACUUUCACCAAGUUCCUCCUGGACCAUCAAGGGGAGUUGUUUCCUGGCCCUGAGUCCAAGGGGCUCUGAGCCCAGCCCCCACCCCACUGGCCCCUUUCUCUCAUAGCCCCAAGUUUGGACUCUUUUUCCUUCUGGCAUCAGCCUCAUAGGCAUGUGGGGCUUCUGCCCAGGAAGGGGCCAUGAUGCCUCCUGGAGAUGGAAACUAGAGCCAUCAACCAGGCAGCUCCUCCCCCCGUCCGCCUGCCUCACCAGCCCCGGAGGCCUUGCUGUUACCAUAAGACAUUUUUCUUUGCCUUAUACUUCUCACUGCCUCUCUGGACCCCUGGCUCCUGCUGGGCUCUCCAGAACUGGGCCUGACUCUUCUGGGUAGAGAAGGACAGAGCCCCAGCAACCCCUUUUCCUGCUUUUUCCUGCCUCUGUUUCCCUGGGAACUGUGGAUGACAAAAUCACUGCUGGCUGGGCAGGUAGCAGGGCCUGGUCCUCCCUUUCCCAACUGCUGGGGAAAGAACAGCUAAUCUCUUUGGUGUGGCCACACCACUCUGAGGUGCCUCCAUGUCUGGGUUAUUGUCCUGCUUUAUAGAAGUCUCUCCGUGUGGAGGCCUGGACACAGGCACCCUGCUCCUGUUCUGCCUCCAGCGGCUCAGCCUUGGGUCUUUCACAGCUGAGGAACAGAGCCUGCUACCUCCUCCUAACUCCUUGGCCACAUAUCCUGGGUCAGUCCUUCCCAAGUGGUACUACCCCCAGGGUGUCCUGACCUCCUGGUUCUGCCAGGACUGGCAGCUUGGAUGGCAGGGCUGAGUCCCAGCAUCCAUUGAAAUGUAUGCCUCCCUGCCAAAUCCUUGUGUCUGGUUCAAUCAGUGACCACCCCUCUGUGCCUGCUUCAGCCUACAGGCUCUAGAACUGUCCAUUGUGGGGUCACUCUGGCCAGAAGUGACUCAGUGCCUCUGUGGUAGCUCCUUCCUCCAGCUGGAGGACUCUUAAAGGGGCUAGGGUGGAGGCUCAUAGUGCCCAUAGGAGGGGCAGAGAUUGUGCUGAUAGAUCAGUCCCCGACAGGUGGGUCCUACCAAUCUCCCCAAGGGAGUAUGUUGUUUUUCAGAAAACCUAGACCCCAGUGAUGGUUAUUAACCCUCAUUCUAGCUGUGUCUCUUAGAAUUAUACUCCUUUCUCAUGAACUAUGGGGUCUAUGCCCUGGUAUCAGGGCAGUACCUGCAGUGACCCUGCCCCCACAACCUUGGCUGGGCAGGAAUCCUCACUGACCAGCCCAGCCCCAUCUGCAGGCCGGGCGGGGCCUGGCCUGACUUCACUGGGCUGUUCCCCCAGCUACCUGCAUAUCUGGCCUCCUGGGGCCUCGAGCUGCUGCUGAUUCUCAGUAGUCUGUGUGUCUCUAGCCUGGGGCGCUCUGCUUUCUGUCCUUGUGUAUCAAAUGUCGCUCACAGUCCCACUCACUGGGGAGCCAUUUGGAUCUCUUGGGUCUUUCUCCUGUCCCCUGCCCUACUGGUCUGUACCUGGGAGGGCACUUGU